GUGAUUAUCAUCGUCAGCGUCAUCAGUCCAGCAGUUCAGCAGCCGUGCGCGUGCAAACUGUUUAGAAUUCUGAUAUAUAAAUUAAUUGAAUCGGACAAGAUCAUCAGCCAUAGGCCGUACUGUCCGCCUGUCCAAUCGAAACACCGUGCGUGCAUGCAAAUUUUUUGGCAUAAAACGGCCGCGACUUCUUGAAAUCCGAGCAAUAGCAAUCGCGCCGGGGCCAGAGCUACUUCAAUCUAUCCAGCCACUAACUAAACGAAACCAAACUAAACUAACUAAAACAAGAGCUGCAUAUCGAACUGAACUGAACUACCUGUAACUGCAGUUGGACAGCGCAUUUCGUAAUCCAAAACCAAAAGCAAAGCAAGAAUACGGGUCCGAGAAACAGCUGAAGGCAACGCCAACGGCCAAGUGAAAGUGCGCGUGUAUUUGUGAAGAGCGGAGGCAACCAGAAAAUUUCCUAUAACAAUUAUAACCUGCGUUGUCAGCAGAAGCAUCAGAAGCAGCUAAAAAAUAGCAACUAUACCCCCAGCCCCCAGCACAAAAAAGCAACAGCGAUUUACAAUGAGCGGAUACACAGACCUCACUAAGCUGGAGACUAGUCGGAACUGCCUGCGCCGCAUCGCCCGCCACGAUGAGCAGCAGUUCUCCAAAGACAGCAUCGUCAAUGUGAUGGAGAAGUUCGUGAAGACUGUCAGCAUUAUGGACGACACCAUAUUGGUGCCAUGCAGGCUCAUGGAUCGACAGAUCGGUGACAGCACUGACAUUAUACCAGCCUCGGGCAAGGACACUACCGCCAACCAGCUGACACAGAGCUCCAGUGCCCAGGGCAAGCGGGGAGCGGCCCACUCGAAGAACGUGCACGACUUCCUCAGCGCCUCCGAGCUCUUCAAUCUCUACAGCAUGCUGAACGCUCUGAAAAAGGAUCUGCUCUGGACCGCCAAUCAGGAGGACGAUGAAGCUGUCGAGAUCGAGUCCCACCAGCAGCAACAGCGCAAUGCCAGUCCCGUUUCCAAUACCAGCGAGAGCAAGACUGAGUCCGCAACAUCCACAUCGAGCAGCAUCAAGGGCCAUGUGCGACGCACCUCCACCGCCUCGAUGAUGUCCACCACGUCGGUGAGCAACAUGAGCGACUCGGACUCGGACAUCUCGCAGGAGAACGACUCGGGCCUGGAGUCGGACGGCAACAAGAGCGAUCAUGCCCAGAGCAGCGAUGGCAGCGACAUUGUGGACGACGCCUGCCACAAGUCGAAGCAGGCCUCCGGGGACAAGGCCACAGAGCUGGCGCAACGCUGCCGGAGACACCUGAACGGUCUGUACCAGUGCCUGGAACAAAUGACAGAGGCGGCCAACUAUCUGACCGCCAGAUACCAAAGUGAUAUUGGGCCCGUUUAGGAGGUCCAACUCAACAUCCUCUCCUUCUUCUCCUUCUAUAUCUAAUCCUUCGAACUGGUCGGGGCUAAUACUUUAUACCAUAGUCUGUUUAGUGGGCGGGUCUGUUUACUCUCAUUAGUAUCGAUCGAAGCAAGGGCGAGGUCUUUCUCUCGCAGAGUUCGAGUAUCUUUAUCUGUAUCUAAAACUAUAUCUAUAUCUAUGCGUAUACCUAAAACUAUGUAUAUGUAACACGAGGGGGUGCUAUGUGCGACACACGGGGAUUGUAUAUGUGUGCCAGAGGAAGAUUGUAUAAAUGUAAAACAGUUGGUAGUCUCUAAUAUUAUAGAUAGUGCAGCAACUAAAGCAACUAAAGCAACAAAUCAACCCAUUUUCUAUUGUUAAAAUUGCAACCAAUUUGUUUUUAUCUAUUUGUCUAUGUAUCCGUAUUCGUAUCUGUAUCGGGUGCAAGGGGAAUCGAAACGAGUCACAGAAAGCAAAGCGAAUGAACUCUUAGCAUUCCCCCCGUCACCGCACUACAACGCUACGAGCUGUGGGCUCAACUGUACUCAAGUCAAAUCUUAAUAUAGUGGUAGCCACAGGCCCAAAGGUUGAUAAAGUACUGUGUUAGCUAUUCGAGAUACAUACAUAUAUAUUUAAAGCUAUAGGGAACUGCAAGAUACAACCACUGAAGCAAACAAUGUUCAACAAGUACAAGAAAUCUAAUUUCUAACUAAAUUACGAAUACGAGUGAAGUGUGGAUGGGGAUGGGGAUGGGUAAGGGUAUGGGGAUUGGUUUGGGUUAGGGGAUCACAAUCACAAUAAGAAUGAGGGGAGGGAGGGAGGUAAGGGGAGGAUCUUCACUUCACUCUUAGCCUGUAUGCAAGAUUAAAUAUUCCAAAAUUGUUAUUGUAAUUGUUUAAGCCAACUAUUUUGUGCCGUUAUUAUGUCUCGUUUGAUUUUUCACUUCGCAAACAGACCAGCGAUUGAUUAUGCUCAACAAAAGGGGUGGAAUCGUCAUAUCUGAUCCUAUCGAUCGGACAAUCUCCCCGAAAAGUCAUCUAGAAACCCAUUUGCAUGUUGCUGGCCAGGCCAUCGAAGCACACAGAACAAACUGUAAAUUACUAAAGUUAAUAGCGCUUGUGAGAGCUAAAUGAGAAUUAUUUAUACAUAAUAAAUAAAUUUACUUAGAAAAUA